AUGGGCGUGAACAUGCUUGAAAGAAGAGCCCACCAGCUUCUGCCGACCCCCUCCGCACCGCCACCACCAACGCAGCCCAGGCAACGAGAUCCGGCGACUGGAACGUCAGAUCGGGCGCGGCCACGGCCACAACGAGGCAGGCACCUCAGCAGGACGCGCGCAACGCGCCAGAUCCGCAAAGGGACUGCCCCGGCCAACCGCGAUGCGUCCACGCGCCCGCACACACGUGCCGCGCCCACGCGCCCAAGCCCGCUUCCUGGCGCCCGCACCGGCACGCCGCGCCCCCCGCGGCCGCACCUGCACGCCACGCCCACCGCGCUCAUCGCGCCCAACACGCGCCACGCUCGUCGCGCCUACAGCCCGCGCCGCGCGCCCGUCGCGCCCACCGGCGCUAGCUCGCUGCGCUUCCCGCGCCCACCGGCGCCUGCUCGCCGCGCGCACAGCGCCCCCACGCCUCCCCAAGGCCGAGCGGCCCCGCGCUGCCCUGACCUCACGAGAGGGAAAAACGGAGGCCCCGCCGCCGCCGACGCCGCGCGGGCUUUGCCCGGCGGCGCUUGCCAGCGGCGGUGA